AUCUGCUUUCAAUUAUAUUCCUCAUAUUUUGGUUCCGAAAGAUCCUGUUACUGCAAUUGCUCGUGGUGCCGUACAAUAUGGUUUAAACAUGGAAACCAUUAAAACAAGAGUAUUAAAAUAUUCUUAUGGUGUUAAACUCGCUUUUGAAUGGCAGCCAGGUGAUCCUCCGGAAAGAAGAACUCCAAAGGGAAAAAUUUUUAAAUUCUAUCAACUGGCAACACGUGGAACCACAGUCGGAGUCAAUCAAGAAUUUUUUGAAGUUUUCGUACCUUUCACUAAAAAGCAUAAAACGAGUACUUAUCGAAUAUACAUUACUCGUAAAAAAAUUGGAACAUAUUGCGACGAAGAAGGGAUGAGGUUUCUUGGUGAACUUAAAAUUGAUUCUCAAAAUACUUCUCAUGGAAUGGGGAGUCCGAUACUAUUUUCACUUCGUUUCGGUAAAAUGGAAAUUGAUGCUACUGCAAUAGAUCAAAUUACCGAACAGAUUUACCAAACUACUUUUAAAUUGGAAUUGGAAGAAUCUGAUUCUUUUCUGUGA